AUGCGGCCCCUUAUAGCCAUAAGUGAAAGCUCACAUCGUGAACUUAAAAUGGUGCCAAAAUCCGUUCACCCCAUUAAAUCAUCAUGGAUUAUAGUUGAUAUUGCACUUACCCAACCCCAACGGAGCUCUGUCGCCUAUAUAAUGAUCACGGCUCACCUUGCCGUGGACUCGACAGCUUCCGGAUUUCAUCCUUAG